AGGCACUCCUACUUCGUACCACUAGCAGGAACAACAAACUCAAACAGCCAUGCGCAAUUCUUCGUCGUCUCUGUCGCAGCUUUCGAAAACAGCCAUCGUUCUUGUCCCGGUGGUGGUCGCCUUCUUCCUUUCCACCGUUCCGAAACAACUGGGAUUCUACCGGUGGCUCUCGGAGUCCAUCAGCCCCCAACUGGUGGGAUGCUCGCCCGCCACGAUCCUUAGCGAGGACCAGUGGGGCUUCACCUUUGGCGACUUGUACGGCGACGAAGCCGACAACGAUGGCGACGCAGCGGCCUAUCGGAACCGGCUGGAGGGGCAGACGGCCCUGGUGACCGGAGCGAAUUCCGGGACGGGGUACGAGGUGUCCCUGGCGCUCGCGAGGCUGGGUGUGGGGGUCACCAUGGCCUGUCGGAAUCCAGAAAAGUGCGCUUCCGCCGCCGAGAAGAUCGGGGCGGACGAGGUGGUGGCACGGCGCAUUGCCAGGGGCCGGGGGGAUCUCCCGACCACCGAGAUAGUGGACGUUUCCUCCCUGGAGAGCGUGAAGGCCUUUUGCGACCGGUUUCUGGCGGCCCGAUUGGCGCCGCUCGACAUGCUCUUCCUGAACGCUGGGAUCGGUGACAUCGGACCAUCAGUGGACGGAUCCCUCCGGCUCAGCGCGGACGGGAUCGAGCUGAUCUUUGCCACCAACGUCGUGGGGCACCACCUCCUGUACCGAUUGCUGGAGCCGUUGCUCCUCGUCGGCAGCAGCGGGGAGAGCGAGGUGCCGGCACGCAUCGUGCUGACCUCCUCCUGCACGGCAUACGACUCGCUCUACCCGUACAGGGUCGCCACCGAUCUGGAAACGCUCAACGGCGUGAGCGGGAAGAGUCCCUUCCGCUACCCACAAUCGAAGCUGGCGCAGUUCCUGUGGGCCCGGGAGCUCACGGAACGGCUCUCAAACAGCGGCGGGGGAGGGAGAAGAUCGGUGUACGCCAAUGCGGCCCACCCCGGGUUCGUGGCCACCGAUAUCUGGGACAAGAAUCCCUUCGACUUUCCCCUGGGCGGUUGCCUGAAAUCCCUGCUCCUGUCCGCGAAAUCGGUCAUGUGGACCCCCGAGGAGGGGGCGCUCACCCUCCUGUACCUCGGGACCGCGGUCGAUAAGCUCCGGGAGGACGACAUUCGGGGGCAGUAUUUCCAUCCGCAAUCGAGGUGGAUGAAGGACAACUACCCGCUGGCCGGGGAAACCGAAGCCUACAAGAAAGAUCUACAGAAGCGAUUGUGGAGCUUUCUGGAGGAGCUGGUGGCCGAGCACGUCGCGUGAGAAAAGCUCUUGCACGGCACGGAAUGGAACGGUAUCGGAAUACAUUCGAGAUGGAUAAGACUUCGUGCUAAAACGCAAUGCUUAUAGUGUAAUGAUACGUGUACGAUGCAGCGGGUACAAUAAAGAAUAGAAAGCAAUCCAGAAGAAGAAAAGAAGCGCAAAGAACAAUAAAACUUGCAGUGAAAUUUUCGAUGGCGUUGUAUGCAUGAUCAUAAAAGUAGAAUAAUGGUUCGAUCGUCUUGAAGGAGAAUGUAGGAAGUCGAACUGAAGAGAAUCGCAGAAAGAAUGCGUCGAUUCGCUCGUACCGCACGACAAUCGGAGGAUGCGGGGCCCAAAGCUUCGUUU